AUGCUGCUGGCACGCCCCAUGCAGCACGGCUCGCAAGGGCGGGCAACGUUGCUCGCACGUGCGUCAGCAUUCCAGCGCGGUGAAUGGCGUCAGCUACUCGCCGCGGCACGUUCCAGCGGACGCCCAGCGGCAGCGCCGGCAGAGCUAGACGCGGAAGUUCUCGCCGAACGCAGGCAUCUGCGGGCUUGCACUAAAGUCCGCCAAGGUGAACUUUCACGUGCCAGGCAAGUCCUUACGGCGGCUGAGCUCGCGCCUGGCAAUGUUGCCACGUGGGCAGCACUUACCGACCCAGUGCAGCGCCCACCCCAUGCGCGCACCGAGCCACCAGCGGAGCUGCUCCAGUACGAGCCCAUGCAGCCCGUACAGCUCUCAACGCGCGCAGUGGCCAACGCGCUGCGCGAGGCCCGGCGCGGCAGUGCGGCUGGCUUGUCAGGCAUGCAAGCGGAACACCCCAAGCUGUUGUUGCACGACUUGGAGGCCCUGGAGUUGCUUGCAGAGGCGGCAACGCAUCUGGCUCAUGCGCGCAUCCCGCCAGACAUCGCAGCUGGCCUCGCCAUGGCACGGCUUACUGCGUUGCGCAAGCCAGACGGCGGAGUGCGGGGGAUUGCAACAGGAGAUGCCUUGGAAUUGCGCGCUAAUGUCCCGGUGAGGUACGACCUUGAAUGGGACCACCGAAAAUUGGCCUGGAGGGCAGAACUUGACUUGCUGGGCCUUGCACUGAGUGCGCGUGCUUAG